AGUAAGAUUCUCACUACCGUCCCGAGUUAACACGGUCGGUCUGAUCGUGACGUGUAUUAUCAAGGAGUCCCUUACAUUGUGUUGGUUGCUAACAUGAAGUUUGUCACUUUUGUAGUCGAUGAUACAAUGUGAUUAUCGGUGGAGAAGUCGAAGCAUAUAGUGAAUCUUGUUGAGUGUUUUUGGGAGCAACAAUGCCUCUCCGGGUCAGCGGGGGAGACGGACGGGCUGUUAGAAAUGUGAUCUGUGCCUCGUUUCCACUCGUUGUUGUGUUGUUGUUGUUGUCGGUCGGAGUUAAUGCGAGUCCAGGGGAGGAAAAAGCUGUUCAAGAGCAACCCCCAGCAGAGGUAAAACACCAUACUCUUAUUUAAGCAUAUUCACCGUCAAAUGUUGUAUGUAGGGAGCAGUUUUAGAUGCCGGUUUCGCUGCUACUUCUUAGCUGCACCGAGCUAGCCACCACAUGCUAACAGAGACACAUUUUCCACCGUGUUCCGGGUGAUGUUAAAGUCUGUAAAGUUAGUCACUAAUCUUUACAGGUGGCUGGUAAAGCAAAUAUUUGUAAGGAAAGAGAGAUAAGAUUUAGAAAAUCCCUAUCAUGAGCGGGCCAGGGGGACAUAAUGAUGGUGAGAUAAUGUUUGAUCAGACAUAGAUGUAAGGAAGUUAGCCGUGAUUGUAGAGUGUGGGGCUCUGUGAGCAGGAGACUUGGGGUUUUCAGGAACCUAAUUUCAUUACACAGUAAAAUCAGAGAAUUACAGAGUGUCAAAAUUCAAUCCUCUGAUCCCCAUCAAACUGUUUGAUAUUCAGUGUCUGCAAUUACUGAGUCCCGAUCUGUGUUUUGUAUUUAUCAGGAUGAUAGAGCUGCUCACUUUUUUAGAUAUUAAGACAAUUUGAUCGUCCAGAUGAAGUGAAAUAUGUCUGGGGCUUAUUGGGUGGCACUGAUUUGUGGCAUUUGCACAUAAUCAGUAUCAAAUCGGUCUUCAUAAGGUCAAUAUCACUGUCAUCUUUUCCAAAUGAAGACACAUAAAUCAUGAAUUUAUAAGCGACUUUUUAUCAUUUAACACAGAUAUCUACCCUCCAUUUUUUGCUACUUUUUAAUCCGGAGUAAAAUUGAUUUAGGUUCAAACACACUGUAACACUGAGUUAGACACCCCCUUGAGAGAUGAAUUUUGCUGACAGCUUGCUUCUCUAGUUGUACCAACUUUAGUAACUACCGCACGAUAGCAAUACACAGCGGUCUGAGGAACCAUAAACAAACCUCAAUCAAAAAGCCACUAUAUAGCCACAAAUAAUGCUCAGAACAGCACCUAACUUCAUCAACAGUAUAGUGUCGCAGCCAUAGCACUAGCCACCUAGCUAGCUUUUCCUGAUUUUUUUAGCAAAGAGACUAAAUAUAACUCACCUACUCUCCUCCAGCAGCUGCUUGUUUGUAGAGAGACCUUGGGCCAGUCCAUGACAGACUACAGCGGGGGGACGCAGCUCAAGGAAGAACAUUUAUGAUCAUUUCUUUAGCAUUUCCUUGAAGUAAUAAUUACCAUUUUAAUCAUUUUGCACUCCAGACGCAGUAGUUCUUCUGCCUUAGCGCCUUGGUCUGAUUGUGUUUCCAUGAAUAAAUGAUCAUAAAUGUUCUUUCUUGAGCUGCAUCACCCCACUGCAGUCCGUAAUGGACUGGCCCGAGGUCUCGCUACAAACAAACGGCUGUUGGAGGAGAGUGGGUGAGUUGUGUUUAGUCUCUUUACUAAAGAAAUCAGGCAAAGUUUAAAAGAUGUUUGGUGGCUAGUGCUAUGGCUUGGACCCUAUAUGUACUGUUGAUGAAGUUAGGGGCUGUUCUGUGCAUUAUUUGUGGCUAUAGAGUGACUUUUUGGUUGAGGUUUGUGUAUGGCUCCUCAGACCGCUGUGUAUUGCUAUUGUGCGGUUGUUACUAAAGUUGGUAUAACUAGAUAAGCAAGCUGUCGGCAAAGUUAAUCUCUCAAGGGGGUGUCUAACUCUAACUUGGUGUUACGGCGUGUUUGACCCUAAAUUAAUUUUACCCCAGAAUAUCCCUUUAAUAAUUCCAUAUAACUGGACAGGAAGCUCAAAGACUCUUGUGGACACAGUUUUAAUUUUGUCUACAUUUGUUGGGUAAAAUAUUCUUCUGUGUUCAACUCUUUUUUGUUAGUGUUAUUAAAUCUUAUAUUUUUUCAAGUGCACAACAAUCUGUUAUUGGCAUUACAUAUCAGCCCUCCUGUGUAGUGAUGCUCAGCAAUGACAUGGGACACAACUCAGAGCUUUUCCAAAUAUCUGUUGUCAAAUUAACUGCAGUGGUCUCAUGUUUCAGACCACAUCUUAUAUUUUACCUCUAAUAAAGUUCCCAGAAGGCAACAUGUGAAAUAUAGUGUCUAGAUGGUGUUUUGUGGAUCCAAAAGCUCCAAGAGAUGGCAAAGCUUUCCAUCUCUACCACAGAGAUGGGGUAGUUGUCCAAAGUGAUAAAUAACACUUUCUCUGUGAUCUUUCUUGCCUUCUCACCCUCUCCUGGGUACUUGUCCUCCUUUUCAAAGUCCACGGUUUGUUGCUUUGCUAGAGCAGACUUUCCUCUGUUGCUGUGGUGAAUUAUUUUCAGAUGCCAUUUUCUGUUUGUACAAAAGGCAGCUCUACUGGUGCCACCUUGCAAAACAAUCCCAUUGCAUUCAAAGCAAUAUGAUUGGCUGUAGGUCUGUUUUCACUUUGUAAAUGCUAAAGCAACAGCAUUAGCAUUAAGCUAAAAUGCAGCAUUGAAGAAUGUUUAGACCUUUUUUAACCAUGAAUCCAUGGAGAGUUACUACAAGCUACUGAUGUUAAUUUUAUGUGGCUGCCUGUUCACCUCUGUGUUCAAAGUUUAAGCAGAGUCUUGAGUCCCUCAAUGACGUCCCAUCUGUCAUUUUCUUUUUUGGAUACUGUCAGGUCUCCCCCAAAAUGUUCCACUCAAAGAAGUUACUUGUAGGUUUGUGAUCUGUUCAGUUUACAGCAGCUGAUAUUAAUGAUCGGGAUGAGGUGAUUGGCUGAAAUUGCGGCACUUCUAACCAAUUGCAAUUUUUUGUCAUCAGUGAAGGCAAAAAAUAUGAGAUUGGUUUGCCACUGAUGAAACUGACACCCCUGCCGGCAACAGAUGAUCACCAGCAUCUGCUGUCAGUCUGCCAGGCAGACUACCAGCAAAUGCCAGGACAACUUUUAGACCUCACAGUCACUCUUAAUCUAAUCUUUUUGUACUACAAUAACUGUGCACAACGUUUAGAAUGAAAGUUGCCUUUGUGCAUUGUUGCUCAAAUCUUAUUUUCAUAUGCUGGCUUGUAGCAGGUGUGGGUCAACACCACAGGUUAUCAGCUUUAGCAGAUUAUCAGGGCAUUUGACUGGCUCUAUCUAACAGCAUUUGAAAGGUUAGAAAGUUUGCUACUUUGGCUCUGUUGCCAGCUCCCUCUGUGUCUGUCUUCAGUCAUCACUUUGCCCCUAAUGUCCCGCCCACAGCAACAUGUGAACAGCCUGAUAUCGUCACAUCAACUGUGUGACAUAACAGUACUGUUAAGUGUAACCAGUGAACUGUAAACUCGAUGAUGUUGAAAGAUUCAGUUUGAGCUAAAAAAAAAAGUGUUGGACUUAAAAAUAUUCCAAAUUUGUAUAUAUUAACUGUAAGUUUUAUUUAGUUCCAAAUAUCAUAUCAUAUUCUCAUGAAGUACUAGUAAUCUGUAUAAGCACUGAAAAGACAUUUUGGUUGACCCCUAAUAGCAGUUUAAACAUCACAUAAAUGUGACCUUAAAAAAUAAGACUCUAAAGAAGCAGGACAUGACACAGAGUAACACAGCAGUGCUUUAUAGACACACUCAGCAGUAAUAAAAAGAUGUCCAUCAGGUUAAAAACAGUGAUAUGAAACUAGUGGUUACACAGCAGAGAAUGUUUUAGCUGAAUCUUUAGCCACAGAUAAAGCUGCAGUUGUUCCUCUUUAUCUUAACAGUAAAAAUAAAUGUGAUUAUUAUUAUUAUGUUGAUGUGGUGCUGUUGACUCACAGAAGUGCUUCCCAAAUUUAAAUACUGACAUUAAUUCUCAGACAGGAGCUGGGGCUGAGGUCAACACAUACUCCUCUGAAUGUCACUCAUUGCUUGUUGACCUUUUUGCAGAAAGCAACAACUCCCCACCCAGUGGGCCCGGCCAUCCCUGAAAAUGACCCCAGCAAAGGAAACCUGGGUUUCAUUCAUGCCUUUGUGGCCUCGAUCUCUGUCAUCAUCGUUUCUGAGUUGGGAGACAAAACAUUUUUCAUCGCUGCCAUCAUGGCCAUGCGUUACAACCGGCUCACCGUGCUGGCAGGAGCGAUGCUGGCACUGGGACUCAUGACGUGCCUCUCUGGUUAGUCUAGUGUUUUCUAACUGAAGUGAGUGGUCACUUCUUUCUCGAUCAGUUCAGAGCAUUGUUAAAGCUUUUCUUCUCUCCACCCUGCAGUGCUGUUUGGCUACGCCACCACCAUCAUCCCCAGAAUCUACACAUACUACGUGUCGACUGCUCUGUUUGCCAUUUUUGGUAUCCGGAUGCUGAGGGAGGGGCUAAAGAUGAGUCCAGACGAAGGCCAGGAGGAGCUGGAGGAGGUUCAAGCUGAGAUCAAGAAGAAGGAUGAAGAGGUGAGAAAACUCCUUACACUUAUAUCCUUGAGGAAUUAAAAACCUCAGUGUAAUUGGUUUAAUUUACUGCUGGAUCAAGAGCGCAUAAUUUUUUUUGCAAAAUAAAUCAUAAUUUUUUUUCUUCACUGAGAAGAGCAGAUGUUAAACUCAAUAAACACUUUAGAGACAGAGAUGGUUUGAAAACUAUCUUGGCAUCAUUUCAGAGCGUUCAUCAGUAAACCAUUUUAAUCAAGGUUAUUUCCAUGUUUUAAGUUAUCGACCACACAUUUCGUUUUCAGUUUACAUCAUUAAAACUAAAAAGAAAGAACAAUAUACCAAAAUACUGGGCUGUGAUCUGGACACAAUAAAUGAUACAGUGCUAGCAAAGUUAAACAGUUGGUGAAAGGUGCUGUUUUUGCACAUGCGUUCAUAUACAUGCAACUGAGGUGGAAGAGUUCAUAUAUUAAUCCAUUAAGAAAAUUGGCUCUAAUUAACUCUGCAAUACAACAAUACAGGAUGCUGAAAGGGUUUUAAAAAAAAGACUAAACUUAAUAUCUGUGUGUUUAUAUUUGUUUGUUUUAUUGUCAGAUGCCAGUCACAUCCCUACAUGAUACGAACACGUAUUGAUAGUGCUGUAUGGUUCUUUUAAUAGUAGAAAUGCCACAAUGUUCUACUACCUGGAUGUAAACAAGCACUGACGACCGAUGGCAUCUCGAAUCGUGAUAUGUACUGUGAGCUAGAAAAUGAAGGAGAUGUUUGUGUGUCUGUUUAAGCUGCUAUACGACCACUCAUCUGGAGCAAUGAGUAACAGACACAUUAAUCUGCAAUGUUGACUGAGGGCUGUGCUAACAUUAGCCACACCCUGCUAAGUACUCUGACAUUGUUUAUUCUGUGAUCUUGUGUUGAAUUAAUAGUGCUCAGUUUUAAUCUUUUUCUGAUUAAGCCACAUUUUGAUAAUAAAUAAUAAUAAAUAAUAAUAGAUAAUCUAAUAAAUCCAAAAAUAAUUAAAUUAAGCUGUAGUUUUGUAGCACCAGGCCACCUCCUCAGUUAAAACAACAACCAUUUGUAGCUUCUACGGUGGUUUCUAAGGCCUCCAGCUUGACGAUGUUGUAACAAACUCGCACACUCCCUCACUCUCUUGGAAGCAGCUGCUUAGAGGACCUCUGUAAAAUCUCCUGAGUGUUAGCACUUCUUACAUGAUGUGUUUUUGCUCGCCGUCUUCACACAUCACACUUCAUAUUUCAGUUCAGGGACAGCUGUUUGGUGUCUCUGCAACACUGGUACAUCAGCGUCAUAACUGCCUAAGUUAAUACAUAACUUUGCCCACUUUAUCCUGGACGGUCACCAUGUCUCUCCAUCUCUCCGGGAAAGGUCUUUUGAUGGUCCUUUUGUUGGUGGUUUUCUUAAAGAGAGUUAUACGAUAGCAACUGAAGAUGAAAGUAUUGUCUCCCUGUAAAAAGGGCAUCACAGCCUUUAUCAAAGUCAAAUCUCUCCUUCUUCUGUUUCAUGUGAGCAGCUCCAGCGCACUAAGCUGCUGAACGGGGCCCCAGACGUGGAGGCCGGGACAGGAACUGCAGUUCCUCAGAAGAAGUGGCACAGCUUCAUCUCCCCCAUCUUCCUCCAGGCACUCACCCUCACCUUCCUGGCAGAGUGGGGGGACCGCUCUCAACUCACUACCAUUAUUCUAGCUGCUCGGGAGGUUUGUCCUUUUUUAUUCUGCUGUGAUUUAAUACCUGAAAGUGUGUCCUUGGGUGGUCCCAGUGUGAAAGAAAUCCUUCGUCUGUCUUUUUGAGCCAGCAGCAAACUGUCCUCUCUGCUGUCUUAACAUACUGACGUUUAAUAUCAAAGUGAGUAAAUGUAUAAUUUUCUAAAGCACUUAAAUUAAAGCUCUGUUGUUUUUUAAUUCCUAGGAUCCUUUUGGAGUUGCUGUUGGCGGGACACUUGGUCACUGUUUGUGUACAGGACUAGCGGUUAUAGGAGGGAGAAUGAUCGCCCAGAAAAUAUCUGUCAGAACAGGUCAGACUGAAAUUUAAUCUUAUUUAUUUAUUUCCAGAAGCAAAUUACACCUGGAGCUUUAAAGUUUGACAUCAAACAACUUCUCAGGGGCAUGACAGCAUCUCCUCUGCUGACCGUCACCGUCUAUCAUCUGUGGCUUUAAUUUUUGUGGUCAAAACAGCACGACCAGAUCAAAGUUUUUUCCCUUUAAUUUCAACAAGAAAAAAAAAGUCUCCAUCAUUAUUUGACAAAUUUGAAGGAAGUGUCCAAAAAAAAAAAAAAAAACUUGCAUCAUCAACUUAUUUUUGCUGACUCAUUUUGCAGAACGAACAGGAAAUAACUGCUGAAACUACACACACACACACACAAACACACCGCACCCCCAACACUUUCUCAAACAGACACCAAAAGACAUCUAAAGCUCUGUUCAGGAGAUUUGCGGCCACAAAAAAAAACAGCUCUGUUGCAAAGUUGCAGCAGUUAUUAAGUCUCUCAAGCAGCUGAGAUGAGGCUGUCUGAGAUUGAGCUCAUAAAGUGAAGUCAACAGUUGCUGGUUGAGGAGAUAAAAGCAAUCAGCUGUUUGCAGAGUCAGCUUGGAAAGUACUGACAGUAGUGCCUGGCAGGUUUGCAAACUCCAUAUGGUGAAAACAGAUGGUGCACACGGUCACAGUCAUUUAAACCGUAUGUUGACUGAAAAAUAGUGCAGCGAUGACGUCAAAUGUUGAGACUGAGAAGAUUUAUAAUUUAAAGACAAAUAUUGUGUAUGCUCAUUUCAAAUCUGAUGGCAGUAACAUGUUUCCAAAUGAUCGGUUCAUAUGUACUCUUUCCUGUGAUUAGUUCUUUUUUUCCCAACAUUUUUGUAAAUGUUAGUGAACCCAGCAGACCAGUUUCUGGAGUCUGAAAGUGAAAGUUGUCCCAGUCUUGUUUGAUAGAGGAUUUAAGCUGCUCAACAGUUCAGGGUCAUUUUUGUCCUAUUUUUUGCAUUAUGAUGCUCCAGAUGUUUUCAAUGGAUGACAAAUCAGGACUGCAGGCAGGCCAGUUUAGCAGCAGGACUCUUCUACUACAGAGCCAUGUUGUUGUAAUCCCUGCAGAAUGUGGAUUAUCAUUGUCUUCCUGAAAUAUGAAGGUCUUCCCUGAAAGGUCAUUGUCUGGAUGGCAGCUGAUGUUGCUCCUAAACCUGUAGAUAUUGUUCAGCAUUAAUGGAUCCUUCACUGAUGUGGAAGCUAUCCAUGAUGAUGAUUCCCAAACCAUCAGGGAUGCUGGCUUUGAACUGUGAGCUGAUAACAAGCUGGGAGGUCCCUCUACUCAAUGGUUUUGGAGGUGAUUUAGAGCUCAUGCAGUGAUUUCUACUACAGAGUCCUGUCUAUUUUAAGUGAAGUGCCUUAGGACCUGAAGAUCAUCCAGUGUUGGUUUGGUCCUUGUCCCUUUAGUACAGAGAUUUCUCAAGAGAUGAGAGAUGAUGAAAUCCACUCAUUCUUUCACAUUUAACAUUUAGAAACAUUAAUCUGAAACUUUUAAACUAUUAGCUCACACAGUCUCUCACAGAGUGGCGAACGUCUUCUUCUUUUUACCAGUUUUGUUGUUCCUGGCCUUAGCUAUUUAGAAACAUGUUGCCUGCAUCACAUUUAAAAUGAGCACAUAUCCUCUUUCAAAACAAUGAAGUUCUUAGUUUCAACAUUUGGUCCAAUGUCUUUGCUCUGUUAUAGAUUAAAUCAAAAACCACUCAGCUCUGUUUUAUAAACAUCUUACACAGCACCUCAACCUUUAGUCAUCACACUUGAUAAUGUUAUAGCAGUGUAAUUAUGUGUUUCUCUCAUAUCAAUCAGGAUGACUGUUUUCUCUCCACCGUUAAAUGACCCAUAUUUAUCUUGUUUUCCUCCACAGUUACAAUCAUCGGAGGGAUUGUUUUCCUGGCGUUCGCCUUGUCUGCGCUCUUCAUCAAACCAGAAGCUUAAUCUGACCACAGACUUUCAGGUUUUCUCUGUACAUAAAAUGUAAAAUGUGCUGCCGUUGCUGUAGAGAGACUCUAGUUUUGAUUCUUUAAGUGUCCUCGACUCCUUAUGAGCCUCUGAUCCAUGAGAGCCUCAGUGUUUCUUUUUUUCUCCGGGUUUAAAAACUUUGAUUUCUCUGCAUUUAAUGACAAUUCCAGGGUCUUGACCUGCAGUACUCAAAAAGGCUCAUGGGAAAUGUUGUUUAAUGCCAUUAAAUCAAUGUUAAUAUUGUAUAGUGUAAGUCCUGGGAAGAAACGCAGGUUUACAGAGGCAAACUCGGGGAGAGAGGGAUGUCUGUGGCUCUUUUGUUGGAGCUGGAUUCUCAUCACAAAGUGUGUGAUUGAAGGACGACCAUAUUGUUACUGAACGCUGCCCUCCAACUCAUCUCUAGAAACUUCUGCAGCUCCGACACUUGCAGUACUUCCCUCCCACUCAGUCCAACACUGAGCCUGUUUCAUAACUUUCAUAACCUUUUUCUUUGUUUUUAAAUUGUUGGGGGUUGAAUUUUUGUCUAUUUUACCUGAGCCCAGGUGACUGUUGACAGAAGAGAGACCUUAGACUGAGCUGCCAGUUUCUCCUAAGUGUACAAAGAUUGUGAUGAACCGAACAAGAUUUAAAUGUAGUUGUCUUUCUUUUUUUAAGCUGACAUAAUUUUGAAAGAUUUCCUAAAAUAAUCCUCUGCUUCAUGUCAGCGUGGCGUUUUAAAGAGACCCAAACCACUAAAAUACCUCUCAGUGCAGAUUUCUGUUGUGUAUGAACAGUAGGCACACAGCUACACUAAACUUUCUUACGGUUAUUUACAAACUGGGGCCUACUUUUUACAUAUUUUAAGGUAAAACAAUCAAAUUUAUUCAAAGAGCUCCUACAGAUUUCAAGAAAACAAAUAUGUUUGACCUCAAAUCCUCCAAAAAGCGUCUGAGUCUUCAGACCCCGUUUUUUGUGCUGGCAGUGCCCAUGUUUGUAUGAAACUGAAGGAUUACAUUAUUCUCAGUGCUCAGCAUCCUAAAACUGACAUACAGAGUUCCUGAAGGUCCAGAAAGUGUUUUUUCUUUUUAAUUAUGUGCGCAGGAUAUCUUUAGCACAAAACAGGAAUAUCUUGUUAGACACAAGAAAGCAGUUUUUGCACAAUAAAACAACCAUCUCUACAUGGUUGUUUUAUUGUCAACAAAAGUUGUCUUUUCUAAAUCCUUUAGAAAAGAAAAUCAUCUUGUGCACACAAUUAUUUGUUCACACAAGAUACCAUUUAGUGUAAAACUUGAUUCUUUUGGACUUCAGAGGGGCUGUAGUAAAUGUCCCUGGGAGCUCAGUUGUUUGUGUUUCUUCUCUCUAGUUAAAUCUCAGCUAAACCCUCCCCAUUAGCGGCCACUCAAAACAAAGAAGAAGCGAACAUAUAUCAGCUAUGUUGUCUGUGUGUAAAAGGUCUUGAUCUCCAAAGAGAAGAUUUUUUACAUUUUAUUUGUAAUGUACCUUCAUAAAGAAAGCAAAUUUGAGCUUUGAAAAACAGACUUUAUGGUUACUAAGGGACAGUGAAGUGCUAUGGGCCUGUGUUUGUUACUUAGCAACAGCAAGCACUCUGAAAUGCUAUGGGUGCUGCCAGCACAAAAACAGCUUUAAUGGGCACAGUUCUUGUUUCCUCUCAGAUUAUUAGUCUAUCUUGCAGGUACAGAAAUUUAGUAGAAUUCAGGAUAUUGUCCAUUCAAAGUUAAUGCUCUAGAUUUUUGUUUUUUGUCCCUCGUGGAUUCAGUUUACAGACAGAUAUAGACCUUCUUUGUUAGAGAAGAGGAUGCUUUUUGAGACCAGAAGCAGCUGUUACAUCACUGUCUUCAAAACCACCAGUCUGUCAUUUUUGUCCUUACAGUACAGCAGAGUUUAAGGUAAACAGCUACCUGACAUCACCCCUUUUUUACAAAGGAACUCCUGAAAUUUUCUGGACAUUAUCCGGACAUCCUGGUCCUGGAUUUUCAGGAUUUUGUUGUCACUCUCACACCCCUCAGUGAAAGAUUACUUGAUUAGGUGCACUUACAUCUGGAAACCCUCAGUUUAGACAGACCUUUUACAAGGAAACAUCUGGAAAAAUUCAGGGUAAACUGUCCCAUUUGUCUAAGCUGCCCACCUGAACAAUGUCGGGACAUUGUUGACACUGCAGUUGUGAAAGAGGCUUGUGUUAUUAUUUUUUUAUUAUUAUUUGACGACAAUGUUUUAUUUGUGUAGCUGGGGUCAUGUUAUAUUCAGGUAACAUGACAAAAACACUGAUGGAGGCACAAGUGCAACAGCAACUCCUUUGCUUUAUGAGAUUAAAUUCUUGUUUGGUGGCUUUUAAGACAGUGAUAUUUGAUGGUCAUCUCUGUGUAAAAAAGCAUUUUCCUCCUCAAAAAAGGUCUAUCUCUAAAAAAAAACAUCUUGGCUCGCUAAUAAAAAAGUAUUUCUCAGACUAAAAAUAUGUCAGAGCAGGACUCGAGUUGGGAUAAUUUAUGGACCUUAACAGCCCAUAUGGACCUCUUUAAAUCAUGAAGAAGGCAGCAGAAAGGCCAGUUACCCUCCACACCUAUGAAACAUAGCAAGUCUAAGCCUGGCUGCCUCUUUUGCUGCUGCCCCCAAUCCCUAUAAUAAACAACCUUCUUAGGUACAGAAUAAAAGAAAGAAAAAACAGCUGACUGCUCCUUUAAAACAAACUCUUUAGUUAAGUAAAAGAUCACUCCUGUAUCCCGCAGCAGCUGUGUUAUAGUUGCACCUCCACCUGGGCGCAGCAGUGUAAUCUUCCACCUACGUUUGACCUUUUAUUUAAAGUGGUUGAUCUAUUUAUUUAGCUUCAUGUCUUUUCUUUUUAAUUUCAUGUACUGUAGAAACAGGCGGGGAGGACGAGGUCAUCAAAACAAGAAAAGAAAUAUUUUUAUAGGUGAAAAAGGCUCAGGCUGCAUUGUCAAUAUUUGACAGACUCUGCUCAGCUGUGAAGUAUUUCUGUUUGUGUUAUACAGGUUGGCUUAAAUGUGGAUAAAUCUAAAACACUCAAUAAAAAGGUUUCAAGUGUUGUUUGAUUACUA